AUUUUCAAGCAGUCGUUCGUUCACCACAUUCGUUCAGAUUUCGCCAUACUUGUUUUCAGCUUGACGAAGAAAAAUAAUACAUACAGAAAAACUCAAAAAAGAGCCACAAAAAAGAUAUUUGCUAGCGUUUAUUAAAUAAAUUUAUACAAAAAAUUGUGCCGUGUUUUGCUGUUGUCCAAAUUUGCUUGUCUUGCCAACAGCAACAUCAUCAUCGUUGUGGUGUGUGUGCUUAAGUGAACAACAGCACACAACAUGGAGGAUCCCAAUCGCAUGAUGGCCCACACGGGCGGUAUGAUGGCGCCCCAGGGUUACGGUAUGCCUGGCCAAGAUGAUGGCCAAAAUCCCGGCAAUGAAAAUGAGGUACGCAAACAAAAGGAUAUCGGCGAAAUUCUUCAACAAAUCAUGAGUAUUUCCGAGCAAUCAUUAGACGAAGCCCAGGCAAGGAAACAUACAUUAAAUUGUCAUCGCAUGAAACCGGCAUUGUUUUCGGUCUUGUGUGAAAUCAAAGAAAAAACCGUCCUCUCAAUCCGUAAUACCCAGGAAGAGGAACCUCCAGAUCCACAAUUGAUGCGUUUGGACAACAUGCUAAUCGCCGAGGGUGUUGCUGGUCCAGAAAAAGGUGGUGGUGGUGCUGCUGCUGCCUCAGCAGCUGCAGCCAGUCAAGUAGGCUCUUCGCUGUCAAUAGAUGGAGCCGACAAUGCCAUUGAACAUUCGGAUUAUCGUGCCAAGUUGGCACAAAUUCGCCAAAUCUAUCAUCAGGAAUUGGAGAAAUAUGAACAGGCGUGCAAUGAAUUUACAACACAUGUCAUGAAUCUGUUGCGUGAACAAAGUCGUACAAGGCCCAUCACUCCCAAAGAGAUUGAGCGUAUGGUACAAAUUAUUCACAAAAAAUUCAGUUCCAUUCAAAUGCAAUUGAAACAGUCAACCUGUGAGGCGGUCAUGAUAUUGCGUUCACGGUUCCUCGAUGCGCGUCGCAAACGUCGUAACUUUAGCAAACAGGCAUCAGAAAUACUCAACGAGUAUUUCUAUAGUCACUUGAGCAAUCCCUAUCCAUCGGAGGAGGCCAAAGAGGAGUUGGCACGUAAAUGUGGCAUAACUGUCUCACAAGUCUCCAAUUGGUUUGGCAACAAACGCAUUCGCUACAAGAAGAACAUUGGCAAGGCCCAAGAGGAGGCCAAUCUGUAUGCAGCCAAAAAGGCAGCCGGUGCCUCACCGUAUUCCAUGGCAGGACCUCCCAGCGGUACCACAACACCAAUGAUGUCACCCGCCCCACCCCAAGACUCGAUGGGCUAUUCCAUGGGUUCGGGUGGCUAUGAUCAACAGCAACCGUACGACAACAGCAUGGGCGGCUACGAUCCAACUCUGCAUCAAGAUCUUAGCCCUUGAGGACGUUAUUUCGAAAACAAAUACUAGAGCAAGAGAAGGAGGAGGAGGACUACUACUCCAAUGCAAGAGACCCUAACCUAUAUAAAAACAAUUUCUAAACUAACGCACUUUGUUUUUUAGUAUUUUUUUAUGAUUUCUUUUUUUUUAUUUCUUAAAAAAAGCUACUUCCUUACUUAAAAUAAUUCAUAAACAAAAAAAGGAGAAGUAAUGUAAUUUCUAGGUGUAUUAUUUUCUUGUCGUCUAUUCUCUUUUUCUUUUUAAAAACCCUCCAUUUUUUGCUAUCCCCUUUUACUUUUUAUUUGGGUUUAGUUUUUAGCAUUUUAGCAUUUAAGUGUAAAAAAAGGAAGCAAGGGUUACCAGGUUUAACUCUUCUUCUAAAACUUGCAAUAGUUUUCUUGUUUUUGCUUUUUUUUGUGUAUUACAAUUCGUAAUUGAUUUUCAGUUUUAUUAUGGCUUUUAUUUAAUUUUUUCAAAAUUUACUAAUUCUCCUUGCCAAAAGCCGCAUAUACGUAAUGUAUUUUUCCAAAAAAAAAAAAAAAAAAAAACAAAUUUUGGUAUUUUACUAAUUAAUUUCCUUUUUCUAGAGUAUUUAGCAAUGUAAUAAUAAUAACAAAGAAAAAAAGUAUACUUGAAACUAAAAUUUUGAAACCUAAUGUAUACUGAAAUGAAAUCGUAAUUAUACUUACCACAUCGCAAAACCCAUUGAAGUAACCUAAAAACCCUUUGAAGAGAACUUCACACACACACAAAGUUAUACGAGAACAAAAAAAAAAGAAAAAAAAAGCAAAAAUCAGAAAACGUUAAACUUUUCAAAUGUAUACGAAAUAAAUUAAAUUUAAUUUUCAUUUUAA